UAUUCAUUUUUAUUUGAAAUAAAUAAAUAAUGCUGAAAAAAAGGUCUAUCAUACUUUCAUUCUCGUAUCAAAAAAUUUAAAAUGGAACAAACCAAAAUUUAAAUAAAUAAUCUUGACUUGAAUAGAUAGACUAACUGACUAAGGCCUACUUCUUUUUUUUUUUUUUUUUUUUACUAAGGCAUACUGCUGGGUUGCUCGCAUUGGGGUUGGGUCAAAUUGGUAUUGUCUCAACCUCAAGAAUGAAAUAUCUGUGUGGGUGCCUAAAUCUCAAUCUAUUUUUUUGUAUUAUAUAAUUUAUGAAAUAAAAAACCGAAUCACAUCAUAUCCGGUUCGAUUCAAUUUACUCUUUGAUGAUAUAGUCCGAAUUAAAUAUCGAUUUGAUCCAGUGCGAUCCGAUACAGACCAAACCAUCGCACACCACUAUCAGUACCGGUGACCACGUUGCAUGUCUUUAAUUGAAAGACUAUGUUUUCAAAACUGGACCGGAGGUUGAACCGGAAAAAUUAGUGGUUUAGGGUUCAGUGAUUAACCGUUGCAAAACCGUUGGUUAACGUUGAUAGAAGAGUUCAUGAUAUAUAGCAUAUAAGACUUGUAUAUUACCCUAAUUUAAGAAUGAAGUUAUCAUUGACCAUAAACAAUUCCAAAUUCAUAUCAUGGCCAAACUAUUUAAUAAAUCAUUCAAACCGUCUCACAAGAGAAAUCAUAAUUUUUUAAAUUCAAAUUAAAAAUUACAGUGCUAUCGGUAGUGGACAACAAGGUUGGAAAAUGAGAAGAGAAAGCAAAUAUAAAAUUAAUAAUUAUGCUUUGAUGAUCUUAGUUUACGUUAAAGUAUUACAAAAAUUGUGGUUAAAAAUAGUGUACCAGUGGAUCAGUUAAAAUCGUGGUGGUUCAUAUGAUUUUAUGUUGAACCGUAAAAACCGUUUGGUCCAUCAUUAACCGUCCAAACAAUGACUGGACCGCUAUCGCAACUGAUUUAGUAGUUUUACUGUCCCAGCCGUUGAUCGGUUCGAUUCUUAUAAUAACAAUGUUAAAGGACAAAACAGUAGAUUUAAACGGGAAACCAUCGAUUAAAUUUGAACUGAAAUGACGAUGAAGAAAGAAAAGACGGCAAUCCUUCCCCCUCUUCUCUUGUACUUCUCACUCGCACUUUGAUCCGCUCAACUUCUCUCUAAUCAUGGUAAUUCCUCACUAACAUGAAUCAUCCAUGCUUAGAAAGACAAUCCAUACUGUUGCUCAAUUUGUUGGAAAAGAUUAAAUCAUUACAUUUUGGUAUAACUUAAUUACGAUCCAAAUUUGAAAACAAAAGGAAGAAUGUUCAGAAUGAACUUAGUCCAUUGAUUAAGAACAAUACCCUUCAUCGUUUGAUUUCACCCCCUCAACUAAUUAUACCGAAAAUGGAACAUAUAUUAGUGAAGCAAGAAAGAUUUAAGAAUUUGUAUCAAAGAGCCAGAAUACAGAUCACCAAGCAACAUGCUUAUUUAAUUUGUUAGAUAAUCAUCAUAAAUCCAGCGUGGUGGGUGUUAAUUAGUAGAUGAUUAACAUGAAUUAAAGUAUUAACCCCAUUUGUCGAUUGCUUGUUUAUUAUUAUAUUCAAAAGCUCGACGUGGAAGGAAUCCAAUGAUCAGAGAGAGCGCAGAGCAAAACGAGUAGUCGAGAAACCAAAAAAACAAAGAGCAAUAACCCCACCUGGCAACGUCUCUCUUUCUCCAUCUUUUGUUUUCUCCAUCCCUAGUAGCAAUGCAGAGGCAGUCACUAGGCUCUCCCGCCUCCAAGCUCCACUUCCAUGGCGGAUCCCUUCCCAAACACGACGACGACGCUGAGGGUUCCGCCCUCUCUCCUCAUUCUUCACUGCUCCUCGAUUGCGACGACCGCCGCCUCAAAACAGCCAAGGGUUCUCGCCGCCUCUCCUCUUCCGCCUCCUCUUCAUCAUCCUCGCCGCUGCAGCCGACUCCGACUCCGGAGAAGCUCGUCCACCUGAUUCCGGUCAUCCUCCUCUUCUGCUUCCUCGUCCUCUAUCUCGUCUCUCACAAUCCCUCCCAAUCAAAUUCGCCGGAUUUUAUCCGUUUGAAGCACGCAGCUUCGAUCGAGAUUGAUUCUGCCGUCACCGACAGCGAGCUGGGCAAGCUGAAAGCCGGGGAGGUCAUCAUGCCGAUUCGAAGCUUCAGGAACUUGCAGGAGACGGCGGUCAGAGACAGGCGCAGAAUGUCCAGCUCGCACCACCGGAAGUUCGCCGGCCUUUAGAAACGGAACUCCCCGCCGUCCGCCGCCACGAUAAGUUAAAAACUUAAUUUUCGUUAUCGUCCACCGACAGCUCCCCGCUUGCAUUGUAAAUCCGCAAAUUUAAUUUUAAUUAGUCGGUUAUGGAAUGUGGAUUAACUUUUUGCUUGAUGUGAGCCUCUUUUGGCUUGUGCGUGACACGUCUGGUUGUGAUUGGGUUUGCAAACUUUUGGGGGCAUUGAUUGACUUGAUAUGUGGGAUUAUUUUUGCUAGAUUAGAGAAAGCAACGUGAUUAAGGAAGCAUUUAAUUACGAUCCUUAAUCUGUGGGUGCUGCUGUGUGUGUAUGUGUAUAUGAUCAUCCAUUAUGCUUUCCAGCUGGAGAAUUUAUUGGGGAGACGGAUGACAGAGACUGAGUGUUGUUGGGCUGACUUAGCUCAGUAAAAUCCUCGAAGUGAGUGCUCGAGUGGAGACGACCGUUGGGAUCUAUCUAUUUAGACCUGUCAGAGAGCGAGUGGCAAAGGGUUUUACUAAGUGGGCCGGCCCGGCCCAACUACGAUGUCGUGUCUAUAAUGGGAACGAAGGUUGAUUAAUCUCUUGCACUAAAGAGUAAUCUGCCUGAUUACGAAACAAACAGGAUGAAGGAUCACUAUUAAAUUUUCAGCGUGCCCCACGAAAAAAGAAAAAAUGGGAUUCCUUAGCGUGUCACUAUGUGGGCAGGUUAGCAGUAGAUUGGUUUGGUAUGGUGAUGAUCACAUGGUUGGGCGAGAAAGAAUGAUGAUGACUCCUAUUGGUCCCACCCGCUUUCGUCUGAGGAGAUGGGCCCACUCCAUCAUAAAUUCCGUUAAUUCAGAUGCUGGCCCAUUCAUCCCCCGGCCCAAUACUUAACACGUGUUCACCAUACACCCGGCCCAACCAAACCUAUUUUCCUAUCGAAACAUCUAAUCCAAGGUUGGUUCUGCCAGUGUGCCGGUUUAGCAAGUGGAAUGGUUCAACCGGUGGCACAUACCGGUUUGUGCCGAUUCAUGCCGGUCAAUAUUACAAAUACAAUUUUAAAUACUCA